AUGCAGCUGCAAGGGGCUCCAGACGCCAUCAUGUGCCGAGUGUUUGCUACCACCCUUAAGGGUACCGCCAGAGACUGGUAUCGAACUCUUCGACCAAGAUCUGUUGGUUCCUUCCAAGGGAUGGAGCAAAUGUUCAUCGGCCACUUCCUUAGUAGCCGGAGAGUUGCCAAAACAACAGGCCAUCUAAUGAGUAUGGUGCAAGGGGACCGGGAGACUUUAAAGAACUUCAUGCACCGUUUCAACACAGCGACUCUAGAAAUCCGCAACUUGGAUAUGGGGGUAGCCUUGGCCACCCUGACAACGGCUCUCCAACCCGGAAGUUUCUUAUACUCCCUUAGGAAAAAAACCUCCAGUGGACAUGGGGGAGUUAAUGAUUCGAGCAGAGAAAUACAUAAACCUAGAGGACAUGAUGGACACGAGAGGAAAUCGUCUAGAGCGGAAAAGGAGAAACAACGGCAGAGAAUCUGGAGACGCAUAUAG